CUCGAAUGAAAGGAAACAACCUCCGGCGACAGAGCCCCGCUCUGAGGCGCUGCUGGAGAACCGAGACCGACUUCUUUCUCUUCCCCCUCAUUGGCGCUUCUCCCCCGCCGUUCGCCUCUGGGCUCCGCCGAUCACAUUUUUUCUCUACCCUUGGGUUUGAAACAACUGGAAAAUUCCUUCAGUUUCCUUUUGAAUAACCGCAAGAAGCAGUGUGAAGCAUGUAAUAUCGUGCAACCAAAUUCAGCAUUUCUUGGGGCUUAUAAAGUGGCAUUCUAAAGGCAACUUAAAAAUCAUGUCAAGCUCAGUUGAACAGAAAAGGGGGCCUACAAGACAGCGCAAAUGUGGCUUUUGUAAGUCAAAUAGAGACAAGGAAUGUGGACAGUUACUAAUAUCUGAAAACCAGAAGGUGGCAGCACACCAUAAGUGCAUGCUCUUUUCAUCUGCUUUGGUAUCAUCACACUCUGAUAAUGAGAGUCUUGGUGGAUUUUCUAUUGAAGAUGUCCAAAAGGAAAUUAAAAGAGGCACAAAGCUGAUGUGUUCUUUGUGCCAUUGUCCUGGAGCAACAAUUGGUUGUGAUGUGAAAACUUGCCACAGGACAUACCACUACCACUGUGCAUUGCAUGAUAAAGCUCAAAUACGAGAAAAACCUUCACAAGGAAUUUACAUGGUUUAUUGCAGGAAACACAAGAAAACUGCACAUAACUCUGAAGCUGAUUUAGAAGAAAGUUUUAAUGAACAUGAACUGGAGCCCUCAUCACCUAAAAGUAAAAAGAAAAGUCGCAAAGGAAGGCCACGAAAAACUAAUUUUAAAGGGCUGUCGGAAGAUACCAGGUCCACAUCCUCUCAUGGAACUGAUGAAAUGGAAAGUAGUUCCUAUAGAGAUAGGUCUCCACACAGAAGCAGCCCUAGUGACACCAGGCCUAAAUGUGGAUUUUGUCAUGUAGGGGAGGAAGAAAAUGAAGCAAGAGGAAAGCUGCAUAUAUUUAAUGCCAAGAAGGCAGCAGCACAUUAUAAGUGUAUGUUAUUUUCUUCUGGCACAGUCCAGCUCACAACAACAUCAAGAGCAGAAUUUGGAGAUUUUGAUAUUAAAACUGUUCUACAGGAGAUUAAGCGAGGAAAGAGAAUGAAAUGUACACUUUGCAGUCAGCCCGGUGCUACUAUUGGAUGUGAAAUAAAAGCCUGUGUUAAGACUUACCAUUACCACUGUGGAGUACAAGACAAAGCUAAAUACAUUGAAAAUAUGUCACGAGGAAUUUACAAACUAUAUUGUAAAAAUCAUAGUGGAAAUGAUGAAAGAGAUGAAGAAGAUGAGGAACGAGAGAGUAAAAGCCGGGGAAGAUUAGAAAUUGAUCAGCAACGACUAACUCAGCAGCAACUUAAUGGAAACUAGGUUCAUGGGACAGAGUUAGAAAACUGGGAAUGAAUAAGACAUCCAUAACUACUAUUCUCUUUUCACUGUUUUCUAAAAUCAAAAAGGGUUUGUAACUUUUUACUGCCCAACUCUUAGAUCCUUCAUUGAACUGUCUAAAAAUGUCUUGUUUGUUUUAUGAGCCUUCUUCAUUAGAUGGCAGAGUUUGACAUGUCGAUAUUACAUAGCUGUAGUUUGCAGUUUCUGGGAAGCAAUUGAAACACUAUUAACCCUGUGUAUAGUGUCAACAGUUAAAGCAGAUAUUGCAAUGAAGUAAGCUAUAUUUCUGUACUGAACAAAGUUCUGUUUAGAAGUCUGAGUUUGUUUAGUGGAUUCAUACUCAAGGGUAAGCAUAAGCAAAUUUCACCUUACAGUGCAAACACGCCUCUGGUCGCAACACAUGGGAAUUUGUGAAUUUUUUUUCACACUCAAGUAAUGAAGGCUAGAAAUGAAGAGAACUUUCUUUUUCUCUUGGCUUUGACAGCAACUACUAAAUAUUUCUUCCAAGAAGUGUGCUAAAGCAUUUCAUUUGGUUCCUGUAAAGUUGUUCUCACUGACCAGCAUGGACUCAAGCAACUGGUGAUUAUAAGCUAUGAGCUCCAGUGCUUAUGCCAAAAUCCUCUUGACAGUAAACCUCUUCUUUUAUCAUGUUAUAUAAAGAGCUUCUAGCAAAAUUAUUGGAUCCUUUCAAGUUUAAACUAACAUUUGGCAACAACAAAUUAAACCUCUUUAAGAUUUAAAGGGUUACCACUCACUAAGGACUUUUAGCCACCAUGUCUGAAACCCAUUCCUCUCAAGUGCCGUGUUGUGUGGAACACUUCAUAUAUUGGCCCAAAGUAUGUAAGGAGAUCUCAUGUGCUCUAGGAGUAAAAAACAGUCUUUGCAUAAAACAGUAUUUAUUUUUUUAAUUUUGUGACCACUAUGUUAGAAACUUUAUUUAAUAUUUUUUAAUGUUUUCAUUCAGUGCUUUGCUUAUCUAUUAAAUUGGCUUUUGUGCCCUACUUUUCCUCUAGUAGGGCUUGGUGUUGUUUUAUGGAUCAUCAGGAUUGUUUCUCAAAGCCUAAGAAUCCAGCCUUUUAGAAAGGAUUUUCACACUGGCAUUUCUAGCUAGUGAUACUUUCUUCCAUUUAUCUUCUGAAGCACAUUUAUAUAUUUCUUUAUGGCAAAACCAAAAACUUUAGUUGUGAUCUGCCUAAUAUUACCAUAACACCUCAUUAUCAAGGGUAGGGAUUUCUGAAUGAUUAGUUAACCUACCACAUUAAAGCAAAUUAGCAAACCAGAAGAAAUCAUGUUAACAUGACUGUGCAUCAAGAUUUUUGUAUCUUAUGGGAAACCAUUUUUAAGAUAUAACAGGUGGAAAAUUACACUGUGCUUAAUGACUGAUUUUUUUAACUGCUAGUCCCUUAAAGACACAUUUGUCAAGUGUGUAUUCACACAUUUACUUAAAUCAAGGGACUCUAUGAUUGCUUUAUUUUAACCAUUUUUUAUUAUUUUUAGAAGGAAACUAGCUUUAGUAGUGGGUUGCUCUCCCUAUAUGUUUUGUUCUUCUUGCUCUAAAUAUGCCAUUGGAUUUUUUGUAUGUAUGUGAUGAAUUUACAAAAUUCACCAUGACUUGAAGUGCAACGACAGAUCAAGAUGUUUGUUUACCAAGCUAUGUGACUUUUCCCAAAGGGAUCUGUACUUUAUUUCCUUACAGCAGCUUGAAACCCAUUAUUUUAAAUCUUUGAAUCACUGUGUCUAGAUCCUUUUUACAUUGUAUGCCAUCGAUUUACCCGUGAGACAAUAGAGCACCUUCAUUUUUGGACAACUACUGUAAUGAUGUUUUUAGGAAAAAUGGAAGGUGCCAGGGGUAAUAAUGGCCAGUCAAUAAUCAUGUAAUAGACUUCAAAUACUAUAGUUGUUAGUUGAUGGAUUUGUUAUGUAAUCCAGUGUAUGACUUUGUAUGGGUUUGUUCAACCCUUUCUCUGCCACUAGCAACCAGAAUAGCACUUUACCUUUUGGUUGGCUAGGUAAGUGGCUGGCUACCUAUUUUUCUCACUGUGGUGUGAUUGGCUAAAUAGUCUUUCAUUAAAAGUUGAAAUGUAAAUUGAAGUCACAUGAAAAAAUCAACUUUGAUUGUAAACCUCCGAUAUUUUUAUUUUCUAUCCAUAUUUGUCACAUGCUGAGUAAAAGUGCCUUACAAUGUAAAAAUUGUACAGUACUUAUGUUCCCAAGUAGCAUCAUCAUCUUCUGGGUAGUACAUUGUGGUAUGAAUAUUUAGAAAAAUGGACCUCAGCAUUGUAUUUACUGUUCAUCUCUUAAGUCCUUAACUGUACUUUUAAUAAGCAUGACAUUAUUUGAUAAGUAUAUAACAUUUACAUCAUUUCAGAAAAUACUGCCAUGACUGUGUUUUUACAGAUAUUUUAGCUUGAAAUUUUAAGCAACUUUUCUUUUUUCCUUUUCUCUUUCCCCCCCCCCUAUUUUUGUUUUGUUUUUGUUAUUGAUAUUAAACAGUGUAAUCUUUGCAAGCGUAUAUUGAAGAUUAUUCUGGAGCAUUUAUUGCCUUACCAGAAAUGUUAGUAAGAAAUGUUCUUUAGAGUAGAAAGAUAGACCUGAGUUUCUAUACUUUAAUAAGAGCUCUUUGUUCCUGGGAUGAGGGGGGGAGUGAAUUUUACUUUCAUCUCAAUUUAUUAAAAACCCACAACUGAUACAUUUAUUUCAAAAGUCAGCAAUUUUAGAAUUUCAGAUAGUACUUGCUCAGGAGUACAUGCUACUCAAGAUAUUAAGAGAAUAACAAGCUAUAUAGAUCUACUGUUGAAUCAGAAUCUAUGUACUUGAACAAAUGUGUGAAUCUUAAAUAUCUCAAAGCAAAAGAAAAGUGUUCUUCCAGAAUGUUGCUUUUUUUAAAAAAAGCGCUCAAGUUAGACCAAGGUAUAUAGUUUUGUUCUAACAGACAUUUAGGUUAGUUGUAAAGAUAAGGAAUGCAUUAGGGGUCAAAAUCAAACAUUCCUCGCUUGUUAUGUAUAUUUUGUUCCUAUUAUAUUGGCUUUAUUUUCAAAAUUGUAGUUUGUAGAACUAGCUUCCUUUUAUUGGUAUUGCAUAUACUAUUCAUUCAAUAAAUGAGUUAUGACUUUCA